GCUGCUGACCUCAGUUCAAUGUGAGGAGCAGUCAGAGGGUGCAGUGAUGGUCCAAGGCUUCAAUGCAGAUGCCUCAGACUGCGCACCGCUCUCAGCCCAACACUAGCUCCCCAUUCACAAAAAAGCUCACAGAAUGAAGAGGCUUCCAGUUGUCCUCUUCCUAGCCUGGGUGUCACUCCUGUUCUAUUCCAGUAUAUGGCUUUUCAUAAGUGGAUUUCUUCUCAUGAGAAUUGAACUCAACAAUCAAAGCUCAUGUGCUGAGCCGCCUUCAUCGGCUGCUUACAAAGGUUUUCAACAACAGCAAGAUUAUUGCUGGUUCCCACACAAGUUUGAGAAGGCAGUGAUUGUCAUCAUUGAUGCGUUAAAGCAUGACUUUGCCAAGUAUGAUCCAGCAAAUACCAACCCCAAGAUGUUCCAAAACAAGUUGGAGAUAAUCCAUCACCUUACCCAAUCUCACCCUAAACAUGCCAGAUUGUACCCAUUUCAAGCCGAUCCUCCCACCACCACCAUGCAGAGAAUUAAGGGUAUGACCACUGGGUCAUUGCCAACGUUUGUAGAUGUGGGAAGCAACUUUGCCAGCUAUGCCAUACAAGAGGACAACCUGAUUCAUCAACUGGUUCAUAACGGUAGGAAAGUGGUCUUCAUGGGGGAUGACACGUGGGAUGGCUUAUUUCCCCAAAAAUUCCAUAAAUCCUACUUCUUCCCAUCUUUCAAUGUCAAGGAUCUUCAUACAGUUGAUGAUGGCAUUCUACGACACCUCUAUCCAACAAUGGACGGAGAUGACUGGGACAUCGUGAUUGCCCAUUUUUUGGGGGUAGAUCACUGUGGUCACAAGCAUGGGCCUGAUCAUCCAGAGACUGCCAAGAAACUCGCACAGAUGAAUGACAUGUUAAGUUCUCUCAUAGAGCACCUGGAUGACCAGACGCUGUUAGUGGUGGCUGGAGAUCACGGAAUGACAGAUACAGGAGACCAUGGUGGAGACAGCGAGAAGGAAGUGAAUGCUGCACUGUUUUUGUAUAGCAAAACACCUCUGUUUGGCAAUGAGCUGGAGAAGGAUCCAGAAGCUGUCCCACAGGUGAAUCUGGUUCCAAGUCUCGCCUUUCUGCUGGGAAUUCCCAUCCCAUACAGCAACCUUGGAGCCAUUAUAGAGGAUCUCUUCUACUCAACCCAUACCAAGGCAUCCGCCUAUCAGAUCAAUGCACAGCAGGUAGAUCGGUUCUUGCACUCCUACUCACUGGCUGCCGGCGAUCUGCCGGCCGAGAAGCUGAAACAUCUGAAGGAUCUUUUUUCCUCUGUCACAGAAGAGUAUGAACAUGUGAUGUCCAAGUGGAGUCAGAGCUCUGAAUCAGAGUCACAUUUAGAGUCUCAACUGCUGAAGCUCAUACACAGAUACCAACAGUACCUUGUGCAGGCCAGGGCCAUGUGCAUGGAGUCCUGGGCUCGAUUUCACCCUGUUCGCAUGAUUGCUGCCUGCUCCAUCCUCUCACUCUGUUGUCUUCUUUGUUAUCUGGUUGGUGAGGCUGGACCGUGUUUAAAGGUUUCCUACAAACAUUUGCUGGGUUACCCAAUAUUUUGGUCUCUAAGUGCAGCAUUUGUGUUUGGUUUGGAACUUUGGACAUCAAUCGUGGAUCUUGAUACUGCAUCCAUCUUUGGUUUGGUAUCCCUUGCAUCACAGUUGUGCUUCUUGUACUAUUUCAGGAAACAGAGUAGCCGGAAGAAUAGGCCCCAUUCACGUUCCAAUUUCCUUCUGUUCUCCAUCUCCUCCAUAAUGUUGUUUUUCAGAUGCUGUUCUCUGUUUUCAGACAGUUUUGUGGUGGCAGAAGGAGAGGUGGCUCCUUUCCUUCUAACAUCACUGCUCACCAUGACUGUGGUCAAAUUGCACUGGGAUGGCAGAUUAACUCUCCUUACGCUGCCUUCAUUAGGGAGUGAGUCUCUAAAACCUUCCCUGUCUCCCAGUUACAAGAAGGAAUGUCCACGUCUGCUGGGGCUGCUUGCAGGACUUACAUUCUGUGCUCGUCUCUCAGGAAUUUUUCAUAGCUGUCGUGAAGAGACCCCUAACUGUCAACCCUCUACAUUUUUGACACCUCUCUCCAGUGUACAGGAUCCUCAGAUUAAAAAUAUUUCCUACAUUGGGUGUGUUGUGAGUCUGGGCAUUAUUGUAUAUCUGUUACGAAAGUGGCUACAACACUAUGGCAACCUUAACAGCUCUUCACCGAUUGUGCUCUAUGUGCGAUGGGCAUUCCCUUUAAUUACUUUGGGCAUCUCCUGCUACUGGGCACUGAGCUCAGGGGCUGAUGAUAGCCUUACAAGACUACAUGAUCUCAAAAAACUUGCCCUAGUAGUCUUUCCUAGAGUUAUUUAUGCUUUAGCAGGUCUGGGUCUUCUGCUAAUGAUUUGUAAUCCUGUAACUGUAUAUAUGAAGAGAAGCCGGGACUCUGAGGCAGAUAAUACAGUAACUACCUACUGUGCAGCACCAGGCUCAGAAGCUGAAUUACUACAUGUGAUACCUCAGAUUUACAGGAAGAUGCAACGCAACUUGAAAAAACGUUUACAGCAGGGAAUGGAGGACAAGGAGGAGAAGAAGACGGCAGCUGUGGAGGCCUAUGGUCUAGGCAGUGUGUAUUCUGCAGCCAUGGUGGUUACCCUCACACUAUUGGCUUUGAUCCUAAUUAUGCUGCACAGCGAGAGACUGACUCCAUCCUUCUUUCUUCUGCUUGUGGAAGCCAUCAUUAUCCUGUAUAUACACAGCCAUGUUUCCAACCUCUACUCUGCACCCAAUGGACUUGAGCUGUUUUCGGUGCCAUGGUACGCAGUAACUGCAUGGGCAUUAGCUGGCACCCAGGGCUUCUACACCACAGGACACCAACCAGUCUUCCCAGCCAUCCACUGGAAUUCAGCAUUUGUAGGCUUCCAGGAUGGUCAUGACAACAACAUCAUCCCUGCCAUAUUAGUCGCUGCCAACACCUUCUCAUCCCACAUACUUUUUUCAGCUGGAUCCUCUCUGCUGCUCCUCUGGCCAUUCCUAUGUGAAGCUCCCACCAUUAGGAGAAAGAAGCCGAAGGCCGAGCAACGCGAAGGGAAGGUGGAGGAGGACGAUACGCCUAUGAUGGAAAUGAGACUAAGAGAAAACCCAGAUAAGUUCUCUGUAGGUCUGCUACAGCUGGGAGCGAAGUUUCUCUUCAUCCAGGGUGUGCAGCUUCUGUCAUGUGUUUGUGCAGCCAUGAUUCUUCGUCGUCAUCUCAUGGUCUGGAAAGUGUUUGCACCAAAGUUCCUUUUUGAGGCUCUGGGAUUCACAGUUAGCAGCAUUUUCCUUUGCCUUGGCAUUGCCCUAGUAUUGCGGGUGGACUGUGCUGUCAGCAAGUGGUUCAAGAACCUCAUCCUCCACCAUCACAGGUAGCACUAACACAGAGUGAGGUGGUGGAAUUAGAGUCCACAAGUGACAGAAGAAUGCGAGACUGCCAGGAAUUCACUUAGUGCCUGAAGACCUUCUCUGUGAUUAACGAUGGACACCAUCCAUGGACACUAUCCAUGGACACUAGAGUUAAAGUGGAAGAAGAUGCAUCUACAGUUCUUUGUACAUUUCCAUGUCUGACAUCAUUCAGAUAUAUAUUAUUCAUGUGUCUCAGAGACCUCAGCUGCAUUUUUUUGAUGUCAUAUUUCAGUGACCUGUGACCAUUUGUCACAGACCACAGCCAUACAGGACAAUAUGUCCAUGUUUCAUACAUCUCAGACCUGUGAAGACCUAGUUUAGUAUAUCUCCAAUUUAUGAUCAUUGUCGUGUUAGUGUAAAAACUCAUAGACCUGCUGCCAAGAGAAGGGCUACAUUUUCCAGAACUUUAUUUAUAAAAGCAGUUUUUAUUUUUUGGGGGGGAUAUCAUGGUCAUAAGGCGCGUGAAUACAAAAUGUGUCUGAACACGGAUGGGCAGCUGUAAAGGUACUAAUCCACAAAAGCUAAUGAAGUACCACACUGAGGCAAAGCCAUGGUCCACAUUCACCAACGCAAGUUUAAAGAGAUUACAUUUAUCAGUUCCAAAAAGGAUAUUAAAAAGAAUGCUAUUUGGCUGUAUUUUUGAAGGGGUUUUUACAUUAUUUACAUGCAAACAAUGAGUUUAUAUUCUCCUGAUUUAGCUAUUGUAAUAGACCCUUUCUCUGAUGAAUUUGUUAAAGGGACAGUGGAAGUUAAAUGCAAGAGAGUAUCUCAUCAUCUUAUUUUAGUUAUUUUUUAUUUUCUUGAUGCACCUGCAUCUUAACUACAGUAUUGUGUCAAGUAAAGAAGAAAAUGUUGCUGUGUAUUUCCUAAAA